AUGCGGGAAGGGACGUUUCCGGCGGCUUCGGGGCGGGAGUUCCGGUCUCGUUGCGGUAGAGCCUCCUUCCGGGAGCGGUUGAUGGUCGAGAGGCGACCACGUGGACCGGAGCACAGCUCCGGGACCGUGUCUCUAGGGCCGGGCGUGGAAGGCGAGCGAGACAGCGGGCCUGUCUCCGCACCCCAUCGGAGCCGUGACCGAGCUUCGGAGUUUGAGGCGCGGCCCGAGGUGAGCCUGCCCUGGUCUCCCGCCUCUCGGGGCCCCUUUCCGCCCACUGUGUCCCGUGGCAGUGGCAGGUGCGGCAGCACCGAUGAAGCCGGCGCAGGGCAGUGUGACCUUCGAGGAUGUGUUCGUGUACUUCUCCCGGGAGGAGUGGGAGCUGCUAGAGGAAGCUCAGAGACUCCUGUACCGCGAUGUGAUGCUGGAGAACUUUGCACUGGUGUCAUCGCUGGGACUUGCAGUUUCCAGGUCUCAUGGGGCUACCCAGCUGGAGCCGGAGGGGAGCCUGGGGUGCCUGAGGAGGUAGACACUGCUCCGGUCAGAGCAGAGAAGACCUGGAGGAGGCCCAGGCCUGGUUGUUGGCACGGAGUGGCGGGUGUGGCUGCAUCUUCUGAGCAGGGGGUUCCUGUGAGCCAGCCGCAGAUGAGAACUGCCCAGGCUGAGCCCUCCAUCCACAUGGCUCACCCCUGCGACAUGCAUGGCCCAGUCUUGAAAGACAGUUUGGCGCCUGGCUGAGCCACAGGGAACUCCCAGCAGGUGAAUCAUGGGGAGAGAUUUUGG